AUUAUGGUAUUUCUAUUUCUUUUAAAAAUAUAAUAUAUGUGAUAGUUUAUAUAAUAAUACGUAUAAAAACUAUUAUACAAUGACAUAAUACAAAAUAGUGACAUAGAAAACAAAUAGUAAUUUUUCUUUGAAAAACAACAUCCGCGCGGGUGCGUAAACAAAGUCCAGUUAUCAUUAUAUAUUUGAUAAAAUUUACAAGUUUUAUAUUUUAUCUAAGCUUUGGCAAGGAGUGCAGGUUUGUUAUUACGUUUGAACACCGUCUGGUUUUUAAAUUUAGAAAUUUUAUCAUUGUAUAUUGAUUGUUUUACAUUCAGCCUCUUACAAAUCUCAAGAAGAUGGACUUGUCCGGGUCACUGAGUUUGAAGGAAGUCCCUGAUCUUUCAAAUGCUACAAGUCUCAAGAGAUUAAAUCUAACAGGUUGCUGGAGUUUGGUAGAGAUUCCUUCCUCUAUUGGAGACCUUCAUAAACUGGAGGAGCUGGAGAUGAAUUUAUGUGUAAGUGUACAGGUUUUUCCGACUCUACUCAACUUGGCAUCUCUUGAAUCACUCAGGAUGGUAGGAUGCUGGCAACUAAGCAAAAUUCCUGAUCUUCCAACCAACAUCAAAUCACUUGUAGUCGGGGAAACAAUGCUACAAGAGUUUCCUGAAUCAGUCAGGCUUUGGUCUCACCUUCAUAGUCUCAACAUAUAUGGCAGUGUCCUCACAGUGCCACUUUUGGAAACCACGUCGCAAGAAUUCUCCCUCGCUGCUGCUACGAUUGAGAGGAUUCCAGAUUGGAUCAAAGAUUUUAAUGGGCUAAGGUUUCUUUACAUAGCUGGCUGCACGAAACUUGGAUCACUGCCAGAGCUCCCUCCCUCGCUUAGAAAACUAAUAGUAGACAACUGUGAGUCACUAGAGACGGUCUGUUUUCCUUGCGACACUCCAACAACUGAUUAUCUCUACUUCCCCAACUGCUUCAUGUUGUGCCAAGAAGCAAAGAGAGUAAUCACACAGCAAUCAUUGAGAGCUUACUUCCCAGGAAAAGAGAUGCCUGCUGCAGAGUUCGAUGAUCAUCGAUCAUUUGGAAGUUCCUUGACCAUCAUCCGUCCGGCUAUCUGCAAGUUUAGGAUUUGCCUGGUGCUUUCUCCUGCACCGGAUAUGGAAGAAGCUUAUUUCAAAUUACUGUUUCGCAUACGUGCAAAAGGUUGUCCCAGUGAUGAUGACAUGCUUUCGUUAGAUCUCGCUAAAAUCCAAGGGGAGCAUCUUUUUAUAUUUCACAUUGAGUUUGUUGAACAUCACGAGGAGAUGGUGUUCAAAUUCAGCACCUCAUCCCACGAAGUCGACGUUAUUGAAUGCGGUGUACAGGUCUUGACAGAUGAAACCAGCAGAAGAAGCAAUGAAUCUUGUUCAGAACAAGUGUCUGAAGACGGGGAUGAUAUUCUAUCGGAUGAUGAUAAGAGCAAUGAGAUUUAUGAACCCAGAGUAAAGAUAUUUACGGGUUAUACAAUGUUUCUUUCUUUAGUUUUUACGUUCCUUUUGAGUUUGAUUUCAAGUCUAAUUCUGUAUAGAUUCCUAAAGAACUAAAACUUGAGUGUAUGAUAUUGUUUGUGUUGGACUUUCUAUCUAUCUACCCAUUCGAUAGCGGUCACCA